AUGUCGGCCUUCCUGCCCCUUCUCCACACCGACUCCCAGGACGCGGCCGAUGAGCUGGAUGUUCUGAACGACGAGGCGUCGGAUCCCGGGGCCAAGGAGCAGCCGCCGCCGCUGGAGGAGACGGGGAGCUCGCUGUUGCACAGUUCCGCCACGCUACUGUACCAGGAGGUCCGGCAGCGGCCCAGUUGUCUGGGGAUGGAGUUGGAGAUGACGGCGCUGCGGGCGGUGCAGGAGCCGGCAGUCGAGGAGAGCCUCGGAAAGGCGCUCCCUCACCCGAGAAAGGCGCUCCCUCACCCGAGAAAGGUGGGGGCAGGACGCUCCCUCACUCGAGAAAGGCGCUCCCUCACCCGAGAAAGGCGCUCCCUCUCUGGGGCUCCCUCACUCGAGAAAGGCGCUCCCUCACUCGAGAAAGGCGGUCCCUCGCUGGGGCAGGACGCUCCCUCACUCGAGAAAGGCGCUCCCUCACCCGAGAAAGACGCUCCCUCUCUGGGGCAGGACGCUCCCUCACUCGAGAAAGGCGCUCCCUCACCCCCGCGCCUCUGCGAUCCCAGUGUCCAUGUGCUCCCUGCGCCCGGCGACCCGCUUCUGGAGGACCGGAGGGGCGACGAGGAAGGAGAUGGAGAGGAGGGGGAGUCGGUGUGGGAGGGGGAGGGGGAGGAGGGGGUGUCUGCCCACCCCGAGCUCCAACCCUGUCUCGGGGGCCACUGGCGCGACUCCCCGCCGCCCGGAUCCAGGGACCGGGACCGGGACGAGGAGACGGGGUCGCGGGGCAGCGGCGAGGGUCGAGGCCGCUCGUGUUGUCGUUGCAGCCGCGAGAACCUGAAGGCGACGGCAGCUCUGGCCGCGGCCCUGCUCGUCUACCCCCUCUUCCUCUACGGCGCCUACGUCUUCCUGCCCUUCGAUGUGCCCCUGAUGCCCGACCUCAGUGCCCGUCUCGUCUACACCCUGAGGUGCAGCGUCUUCGCCACCGUGCCCGUCAUUAUGGGGAUCAUCGUGUACGGCCUAGCGCGGCUCUGCUCCUCGUCGCUUGACCCGUUCGGCAAGAGGAAGGAGGAGGUGGAGAUUCACCUGCGGUUCGUCACUGACUCCAUUCACCUCUUUGUGCUGUUCCUCAUCAACCUGCUGGUGGUCGCCACUUACCUGCCCCCUGAGCUCUUGAAACUGCUGCCGUUACUGACGGCCGGCUUCAGCCUGGCCAGGCUGAUCUACUGGGUGACAUUCGCCAUCAGCAGCACAUUCCGGGGAUUCGGUUAUGGCCUCUCCUUCUUCCCGAUCCUCGGCCUCCUGGUGUGUAACCUCAGCUACAUGUUCGUGCUGGCUCCCGAUCAAAUGUUCGCCACGGGGACCGGAGACUGGGAGGAAGAGACGGAGGCAGCGGCCCCACGUCAGCGAUUCUGGGGAUGAACCGCUGCCUGACCCGGUAUAACUGCCCAUCCAGUUUAUCAACGUAUAUGAAGGAACUGCAGAUGCUGCUUUACACCGAGCAUAGACACAAAAUGCUGGAGUAACUCAGGGGGGCAGGCGGCAUCUCUAGAGAGGAGUGGGUGACGUUACUGGUCGAGACCCUUCUCCAUCUACCUCGGGCAUCUUACACCCCAGCGCUAUGAAUAUUGACUUCUCUAAUUUCAAGUAAUCCUUGCGAAUCCUCUCUCUCCAUCUCUCCCCCAUCUCCAACCAGUAAAUGUUACCUUUUAUGCCUCGUGGUCUAUUCCAAUAAUCUAUUCUAAGAUAGACACAAAAUGCUGGAGUAUCUCAGCGGGACUGGCAGCAUCUUUGGAGGAAGGAAUUGGUGACGUUUUUGGGUGGGGCCCUUUGCCUGAAGAAGGGUCUCGACCAGAGACGUCACCCAUUCCUUCUCUCCAGAGAUGCUGCCUGUCCCGUUACUCCAGCAUUUUUGUGUCUAACUUCGGUUUAAACCAACAUCUGCAGUUACAUCCCACACUAUUACCUACUAUACAUUUUCCUUGAACUACAUCCCCUUUGAUCUCUCGUUUGCACACCUUGCCCUUUCAUGUCUCUAUGCCUCACUCUCCCCUGACUCUCAGUCUGAAGAAGGGUCUCGACCAGAGACGUCACCCAUUCAAGUUCAAGUGAGUUUAUUGUCAUGUGUCCCUGUAUAGGACAAUGAAAUUCUUGCUUUGCUUCAGCACAACAGAACAUAGUAGGGAUUAACUACAAAAUAGAUCAGUGUGUCCAUAUACCAUAAUAUAAAUAUAUACACACAUGAAUAAAUAAACUGAUCAAGUGCAAAUAACAGAUAAUGGGUUAUUAAUAAUCAGAGUUUUGUCCGCGCCAGGUUUAAUAGCCUGAUGGCUGUGGGGAAGUAGAUAUUCCUGAACCUGCUUGUCCCUCCAGAGAUGCUGCCCGUCCCGCUGAGGUACUCCAGCAUUUUGUGGGUAAUGAUUGGGAAUGAGCAGCCAUGAUCACAUUGAAUGGUGGUGCUGGCUAAAAGGGCCGAAUGGCCUCCUGCAUCUAUUGUCUAUCUUUACAUAGUUAUUUUUGUGUUAUUGCUUUUAUGGACUCGUUAAUCUGAGGCAAGUAAGAAUGUAAUUGCCUCAUUGUGGAUAAAUAUGAUAAUAAAACGCUGUGACUUUAAUCUUGA